GCUGGAAUGUCUAUUUAUAGUACAACUGGAAUACUAGAAGUCGCAACGCUUAGAGCAAGACAUUAUCUGGGAAUGGACAUGGUAGACCGUUUACUGUCUCUCUGUAUGAAGAACGGGACAGUAAAACACAUUUAAGAUGGAAGGUCCGCAGAAAAUCAAAAUGCCUGCGAACCAGACUCGACCCAGGGCAAGGGAGCGAAACAAUGCGCUGAACAGACCCGAGCAGCUGAAGAGCAGUAGCGCUGAAGCUCGCGGCACUGCGCGGAGGCCGUCGCAGAGAAACCAGCAAAGUCAAAACCAGCCGGGCACAAAUGCGCAGAACGAGUCGCCCGAGAACAAUAAGGAGAGGAAGGAAUUACCAGAAGAAGACUGCAUACAGCUAAACCCGUCAUUCAAAGGCAUCGCAAUGAACUCUCUUCUGGCCAUUGAUAUCUGCAUGUCUAAACGGCUCGGCGUGUGCGCGCACACCACGUCGUCUUGGGGAAGCGUGCGCUCUAUGGUCAAGCUGCUCGCUCUCACUGGCCAUGGCAUCCCGUGGAUCUUCGGCACAAUUGUGUGUCUUACAAGAAGCAACACGUUGGCUGGUCAAGAGGUUUUGGUCAAUUUGCUGCUAGCACUCUUACUGGAUGUGAUGACUGUAGCAGGCAUGCAGAAGUUGGUGAAGCGCAAAGGGCCGUGGGAAAUGGCGCCCAGUUUCCUUGACUACCUGGCCAUGGACAUCUAUUCUUUCCCAGCAGCCCAUGCAAGCCGAGCAGUCAUGGUAUCUAAAUUCCUGUUGGCACAUUUGGUGCUUGCAGUACCUCUGCGUAUUUUGCUUGUGUUAUGGGCAGUCCUAGUUGGCAUGUCCCGUGUGUUGCUGGGACGUCACCAUCUGACAGAUGUCGGAUGUGGCUUUGCCUUGGGAUUCCUUCAUUACAGUUUAGUGGAGAUGGUGUGGCUGUCCUCCAACACUUGUCAGACUCUAAUAUCCAUUGGAACAUUCAACUGGAGCCCCCUCUACUGAUCAGGGAGUGUCUUUUGAAGGAUUUCAAAAGUCGCUGUGUGUUUUAAUUUUUUUGUCAAUUCAUGUCAAUUGCCCUACAUCUAUUCUAAAAAGUGUGUGACAGAAACAUGUACUUUUCUAAAACAUUACCCUAAGCAGCACAUAAUCCUGAUCUGACCAUUUCUUUUCUGUUUGGAGAAGCGCUUUGGAAAAGCACCAGGUGCACAGUUUUUCCUUUCGCUUAAAAAGAAAGGAUGUUGAUACAAGUAUUUUUUUUUUUAUUGCUAACAGUGAUAAAGGCCAAAUUAGUAUUUGUGAUUUAUAUCAAUUGGCUGAUGGAUUUUAUUAAUCACAGUAAGUGAGCGAAACAUUUGCUCAGGGACUUUAUCAAGCAGCAUAAUGAGUCAUUUCAGAUUUCUAUUUUCUUGGAAUUGUAUGUAAUUUGAGAAAAUGCUGUAAAUGAAAACACCAUGGAUAAUUUGAGACUUUUUGGACUGUUUAAAUUCAGGUGUACAGAUAUUUCAUAAUACUCUGAAUAAGCAUUCAGACUGAACAUUUCAAGCACAUUUUUCACUUUUACCAAAAAUUGCAACAUUGUUUAUAUGAAAUUGUAUGUUGUUUUAAUUCCAAUCGCUGCAAGCCUCAGAUGUGCCAAAGUCUUAUGUAUGGUAUAGGCCUUUCGGAAAUAAGUCAAUCGCUUCAAUGAAUUUGAUACAUGAUCGUUGUAAACAGAACAUCUUAUAAUGCUGUACAGAUUGAAAAAAAAGCAUAAAUGAUACAUAAAUCAAAUAAGUUGUAUAUCUGUUAUCAUCUAUUAUCAACAGGGUUUAUUAAUUUUGAGUAAACUUAAAAUAUACUGUGAAUAUGUGUAUAUGCUAGUAUGUUAUAAUUUGACUUUUUUGGGGGAUUCUUCAUGCCUAAAAAUACAGAGAUUAAUACUUACAACUGUAGGAGUAUCUAUAAUCAUAUGAUGAUGCAAUAUGAAUUAAACAGCUUAUGGAACAUGAUGCCAACUUUGUACAUUAUAAUAUUACAAAAUGUCAAGAAAUUAUUAAGAUUAUCUCAAAAGCUGUUAUGAGUAAACAUCCACAGAUGGAAAAUGAGAGACAGAGAGAUGAUGAAAGUCUUAUUACUUUAUUGAAAGUUGAUGUGAUUAAAAUACUACAAACACACA